GAACAACUGCAUACUGCAUAUUGGGGUUUGAGGCUUGGGGUUUGGCUCCUGGCGCUGGCAGUGCAGGAGAGGGCAGGUGUCUUAGUUACCUAGUGCUGUUAUGACAGACAUACCACAAGUGGGUGCCUUUAACAAACAGAAAUUUAUCUUCUCACAGUUUAGGAGGCUGGAAGUCUGAAUUCAGGACCCUGGCUAGAGAGGAAGACUCCCUCUCUCUCUGUUCACUCCGGCGGGGAGGUCCUCGACUCUUCAGUUGCUAUUCCUAGGUUCUUUGACAAUCAUGUGGCAUGUGUCUUCCCCUCUGUUUGUGCUUGCUUACUUGAUCUGCUCUUUUAUAUCUCAAAAGAGGUUGAUUUAAAACAUACCCUAUGCUAAUUCUGCCUCAUUAAUGUAAGAAAGACAAUUCAUUCCCAAAUGGGAUUAUAACCACAGACAUAGAGGUUAGGAUUCACAACAUAUAUAUUGCGGGCACACAGUUCAAUCCAUAAUAGCAGGUGACUGGAGAGCGCUGGGGACAAGGCAGCUAGCUUUGAUCUGGCCUGAGCUAGGCCAGGUGUGGGAAUCAUUUGGACUCCACAUGAGGCUUGAAAGCUUGGCCAUCCACACAUGCCCCCCACCCCUACCCCCUGAGGGUACGAGGCUGAGAACUGUGAUUGUUAUCUGUAGGGCAACAUGCUGUCCUGAGCAAAGGUGAUGGCCCUCAUGCCCGCUGCCUGACUUCCAGACCAGCGGUACCCCAGGCUACCCUCCCUAGCUGGCCAGCCCAAGCCCAGGGAGGUGGGCUGAGCCAAGGGUUUGAAGUGGGCUUGGCUUCAGGAAAAAGGAAUUCCUCCUGUGGCAGCCUGGGGAGGGAGCUCUUUCUGACCAACCCCACCCCCUAGUUUCCUCACUGCCAUGCCUACAGGUGGAACACCAACAUUCCUUCUUCAUUCCUACUGCUAUCUCUUCCAGCCCUGCAGCCUAGAAACUCUCAGUGGUAUCAGACUUCUGAAGCACCAGGCAAUCCAGCUCAGCUUCUUCCUGCCUGGUCACAAAAUACGGCUUCCCUACAAAUUAGGCCUGGGCCAGAGGAACACGACUAGGAAGACAGAGCAACUUCACAACAAAUAAAAAUUCUACACACAUGAUGGCCUAACUCCAGCUUCUACUGUUUCAUCCCCCUUCCCCAGCUAGCCAAAAGGUAGAAGCCCUGCUGAUUAAGACUUUUUCCUAAAUGUUGGUAGCUCAGCAUCUAGUACAGAGCCUGACAUACACAUGGUAGCUACCAAGUAGAGCUCUAUUGGAUGGAUGGAUGGAUGGACGGACGGACGGACGGACGGAUGGACAGACGGGCAGGCGGGCAGGUGGAUGGAUGGAUGGAUGGGUGGAUAAUGGAGGGAUGAAUGGAUGAAUUAACAUGCUCUAGGUAAUGUCUUUAUUGUACCUUUUGUUCCCAAAGCCCUAAAACUAGAGCUUUAGAGUCUUCUGCCCCAGGCACAUAUGCACCCAUAGAUUUCCUCCUCCACUAACUAAGAAAAGGUGAAGAGUACACCAGCCAGGGGACUGGGGUAGGCUAGCAGAAUCAGCUCACAGCCUUGCCUCUCCUUACGUUAUUGAUGAUUCCAGGCUGAAUCAUCCUAGCUUAGAACCAAGAGCACAUGGGGGUUGGCAUCAGACAGGCUUAGUUCAAAUCUCAGCCUCACUAUUUUCUAGCUAUAUAACCGUAGCCAAAAGUCAUUUCGCCUCUCCAAGAAUUUGUCCCUACUCAAAAAUGGGGCUAAAAAUAUCUAUCCAGGAUUGUGUUAGGGAAUGAAUACAUGAGAAAAUGUAUUAAGUUGAACCAUGUGAAACUGACAAAAGUGUAUUAAGUUGAACCAUGUGAAAUUGAUAAAAACAGUUGCAUAGCAGCAAUUUCAUAUCAUUCAACCUAAUACAGGCAUACCUCAUUUUAUUGUGCUUCGCAGAUAUUGCAUUUUUUACAGAUUGAAAGCUUGUGGCAACCCUGCUUCAAGCAAGUCUAUCAGCGCCAUUUUUCCAACGGUGUGUGCUCACUUCAUGUCUCUGUGUCACAUUUGGUAAUUCUCAAAAUAUUUCAAACUUUUGCAUUAUUAUUAUAUCUAUUAUGGUGAUCUGUGAUAAGCGAUCUUUGAUGUUACUAUUGUAAUUGUUUUGAGGCACCACGGCCCUCUACCAGCAAAAAGAGCAUGACUCGCCAAAGGAUCAGAUGAUGGUUAGCAUUUUUUAGCAAUAAAGUAUUUUAAAAUUAAGGUAUGUAUGUUAUUUUUAGACAUAAUGCUAUUGUACACUUAAUAGACUACAGUAUAGUGUAAACAUAACUUUUAUAUGCACUGGGAAACAAAAAAAAAUUGUGUGACUAGCUUUAUUGCAGUAGUCUGGAACCAAGCCUACAAUAUAUCUGAGUUAUGCUCAUAUAUAAAGUGCUUUAUAAAGUAUAAAGCACUAUAAUAUGUAGCCCUAUGUAAGUACUCACUAUUCAUAAGAGAUAUAAUAUGAAAGUCACAGAAUAUUGUUUUUGCAAUAAGUGACUAAUCCUUUUCCAUCGGAAUACAGGUCAAACUAAUGGAAGAAGUCAGUCACUCCUUUGCCAUAUUAUAGACUGCAGCCAUUUCCUGGAGCAAUUUGACCAAAGAAAUGGGACCAGGUACUUUUAGGAAAUGAAAAUGUUUCAUGGAAAGCAAAGGCAGUGAGCAGCAGGAUAACUAGUGGCAACUCCUAACUGGAUAAUGGUUUACCCACAAAAGCAUAGUGGGAGUUGGAACAUUUUCCUGUCCUGGUAAGAGUUCCCACUGCUGAGCUCAAGUUCCAAGGCAGAGAGGAUUUGGACGGACCUGUCUAGGGUACCAGGCCACCAAGCACCUAGAAGAAACUGAAAAUAGCUGCCUGCCAACUUUCCCCACCCUGGUGGCAGCUGCCAAGCCCGGGCACCUGCUUUUGACUCAGCAAAGACCCACACCUGACAAAGCUCGGAUUUGGAACUGAUAGCUGAGGUGACCACAGUGGGGGAACACUUCUCACUAUCCUAUGUAUCUGUUGUUAUUGUUGUUGUUACGUGCCAUUGAGUCAAUCUCUACUCAUAGCAGCCCCAUGUGACAGAGUAGAACUGCCUCACUGGGUUUUCUAGGCUGUAAUCUUUACAGGGGCAGAUUGCCAGAUCUUUCUACCGCAGAGCCACUGGGAGGGUUUGAACCACCAGCCUUUCAGUUAGCAGCUGAAUGCUUAAUCAUUGCACCACCAGGACUCCUUACUUAGCCCCAAACCAAGUUGUGAAGGUCACUGGGAUUUCAGGCCAGAAGAAAAUGGGAGGAGUGGGGAGAAAUGCCCACUGAUUGGCCACGCCUCAGGCACUGGCAUCUCUGGCCAACAAGGACUACCAGGGCACUCGGCAAACAUUUACAGUGCCUACUCAGUAUUUCCUACCGGGGACAGGAUUGUCAUGUUAGGUAGAACAAUUUUUCAUUGCAUAGGACUGCCCCAGGCAUUGCAGAACAUUUAGCAUGCAGCAGCAAGGUAACAGUAGGGAGCAUCCUAUAAGCUUGAGAGCGAGGUGAUUCCCAGCUGCCAAGGCUCAGGAGAAGGGCCCAGGCUGAGUGGUAACCUUCCCACAGCUUAUCAUCUUGGAGGUGACAUCUUCAACUAGACGCUGCAUAACUAGAUGUUCACCUGACGACCUUGAGCUACCCUGUGAGUUUGGUGCCUAGGUAACCAGUGUAGGGCCAGCGGAGAAAUGUAAAGUCACUCAUAGAGGGUCUGGGACCUAAGGGGAGAAAAGCCAGGCCCUCCAAGAGCUGCCCAAAUGGGGUUUGUGCUCCUGGCAGGCAGUGGUUGCUCUGUUCUGGGCCCCAAGCUCUGGCCAGCAUGCUGCAGAGGAUCCACAUAGAGACGGGGGCUGAUUUGGUCCAGUGCCCAGCAUAAACCAGGGUGGGAGUAGGAUGUAUGAAAUUUGUUCUGGGAAGUACAAAUAUCCAAUUUGAGCUAUAGUGUAGACAUGUCAUAGCACAGAGAUGCUUAACCAAGAGUCUGUGUACUUAGAAGGGGGAAAAAUGGCAACUUUAUUGUCACUAACCUCUAAUUGAAAUGUAGCUUGCCCUUUGAUUAUGAAUGUAGACAACAAGCCACAGUAGUAUUAGCAGUACCUGUGACUUUGCCUCCAAUAGGAACUGCAGAUACUUUUAUAUCUCAUUACAGUUGCUGCAGAUAUUGUGAAACACCAUUUAUACUCAUCACUACUUCAAAAUUAUGGUAGUUAUUGGACCCACCACUAGAUCAUGUUAUUUAAUGUGUUAAUAAUGAAAUGUAUCAAAAAUUUUAAUAUAUAUAUGUAGAGAGAGAUAACUCUUUCAAUAUAAUUGGUUUCCUUUAUAAUUCUACAUAUUUUAUUUUAUGCCUUUAAAAACAUUAUUCUGAGAAGGGUUCAUAGGUUUCAUCAGAUUGCCAAAGGGGUCCAAGCCAUUAAAAACUUAAGAACUCUUGAAUUAGAGGGUUGGCAAGAAGUAAGGCUGAUUGGGGUCAAGAGGGAAGGUCUUGAAUGCGAGGAGCAUGGAUCUGUAUUCUGUAGGCACCUAAACCGAAAGUCAAAUCCAUUGCCAUCAAGUCGAUUUCAACUCAUAGUGACCCUAUGGGACAGAGUAGAACUGCCGCACAGGAUUUCCAAGGAGCGGCUGGUGGAUUCGAACUGUUGACCUUUUGGUUAGCAGCUGAGCUCUUAACUACUGCGCUCCAGGGCUCUUCUGUAGGCACCUAGGAGCUGCUAAAGGUUUCUGAGAAGGAGGCCAAUCAAGAUGAUGCUGAGGUUUCCAGCCUGGGAUUCCAGAGACGUUGAUGGCAUUAAUAGAAAUAGAGAAGUCAGGAAGACAAGCUGUUUAGGAUAGUGGGAGAGGGUUCUAUUUUAAAUAUAUAAAAUUUGGGACUAAAAAAAAUGGACAUCCAGUUGAAGAUGUCCACCAGGCUCUGGGAAAUACAAAUGGACAGAAUGGGAGCCUUGGCAAUGGGAAAGAUUUGGGGAUCAUCCCUCAAGAUGUGAUCAGGGAAGCAUUUGACGUAAUUGCAGUCAUCAAGGGAGAAAGGGCAAUGAGUGAAAUGGGACCAAGGCAGAGGGCUGUUGUAAUCUGUGUCCUUCGGGAAACAGAUUCUGAGACAGAGAUUUGCAUGCAGGAAUUUUAUUGGGGUCUGCUUUCUAGAAUGGAGUCCCUGGGUGAGGCAAAUGGUUACGCACUCGGCUACUAACCUAAAGGUUGAUGGUCUGAACCCACCCAGCAGUGCCUUGGAAGAAAGCCCUGGUGAUCUGCUUCCAAAAGGUCAGAGCCUUGCAAACCCUAUGGAGCACAGUUUUACUCUGCAACACACGGGGUCUCCGUGAGUGGGAAUCAACUCUACAGCAAUUGGUGAGUUUUGGCUCUACAAAACGGCACUGGUGAGGGAGUAAGGGAAGCAGGAUUGGUCAGAGGGGGGAGUUGAACUGCAAUGCUGUCACAGCAGAGACCCUAGCUGAUCCCACAAGGAGCUCUUGAACUGAGAUAGCGCCCCAGACAGCUCCAGUUGAGGCAAGGGAAUUGGGCCUCUACUUUCCCCCAUUGAUUAGUCUUUGGAUGUGAGCUGCCACCACCCCCAGGGGAGGAGCAUUACCUUGGGUGAGACAGCUUCCUUCAGACAAGGGCAAUUCCUGGAGAGAGACUCAGCUGUGAUCCAUCAGCCAACAUCCACUGCAGCUGAGGGAGUGAGUGACUUGGUCCUGAAUGGGGGAUCUGGGCAGCUCAAGGCCCUCUGUCCCAGCCCUGCAAAAAAUUCCACCCUGCAACCCACAGCAGGUAGGAGUCCUGGGUCAGAGAGCCAGGGCCUGAAAGGAAUUUGAAUCCUUGAUGCCUGCAAUUCAGAAUCCUCGGUAUCUCCUCCAACCUUCCCUCACUUGGGUUAAGCUAGGCGGGAUGGGGUGGGGGAGGCUGGAGGAAACUGAGCUGUUGGCAUCCUCUGCACAGUUUGGUUUGAAAAAGUUACCAAACUCUACAAAUGAACCACUGCAGAAACAGGCUCUGUGGCCUCUGCAUCCAUCCCUUCCUUCUGGGGUGACUCACAUCUCGAAGAGGGGAUGUCAUCACAAUUGAGGUUAGAGCCCUGCUCACAAGGCCUGUGAGCUACCCAGGAAAUGUGAUAGUGCUAAAGCCACCAAGUAAAAGGAAGGUUGGGCUUCAUUUUGAAAGACAGAAAUGUAAAAACUUGGCUUUUGAUUUUGACUUUCAUGUCCUUACACUAAAAAAGGCAAGCUAAGUAGCAACUUAACUAAUUGGACAUAAACUCUCCCAAACCUCUGAAAUUUAGAGUAGUUGUAAAAUUCAUUCAUUCCACAAAAUAUAACAGGUUCUGAGCUUGCAAAAUGAUAGGCGGAUCAAGUGUGGCCUGAAGGCCAGCUUUAUUUGUUCCACGGUUUUUAAAAAUACUUUGAGUUAGUUGCCAAUUCACUUUAGAAAAUCAUAACAUCUUGCAACAUGGAAUUCAUUGGCUGAAACUGAGGAGUACUUCCACCUUGGGGGUGGGCUUGGGGUUCUCCAGUUUACCUCAUGCUCCAUCCACCUGCUUCUCUCAGUGUUACUUACCUGGGCCCUGUGUUCAUGAGCCCUAGGAUCAGCUAAGCUGGAUGCUGGGGCUAUACUGGUGGACAAUGUUAUUGCUUUGCUCAAGGGCUGUCUUCACCGCCCUCACAGGGCUCACCAUCCAGUGUUGUAUGUGAACCUGCGAACUGAGAUAUGGCAGACCCACAUAGAGGAAAGAAUCUUUUGGGGCCUCGGAAGAAGGAAUGACAAAUUUGGUCAAGAGAUGUUGGGAAAACUUUACAGAGACCCUAGGAGGAUGGGUAGACUUCUUCUAGGUGGAAAAGAAGGGGCGGGAGAAAGAGGUACCCUACAGCAAAGGAAUAAUAUAUGCAGGAGAAUGGCACUGUGAAAGGAAGUACCAUGUAUGAAGUUGACAGGGAGGCUUUGUCUGCCAGGCUGAGGAAAUGGCAUCUUAUCCUGAAGGCAACCCAGGGCCCACAGAGGUUUUGAGGCAGAGGAGUGUACUUAGAAGAUGACUCUGGUGGCCUCAUGAAAGCUGGAUUAUAGAAGGGCAAGAAUUGAGGCAGGAGGGCAAGAAUUGAGGCAGGAAGGCAGGUAAAAAGUUCCUACAGUUGUCUCAGUGGGAAGUAAUGGGGCUUUGAUUUAGGGAGGUGCCAGUGAGGCUGGGGAGGAAGGAACAGAUUUGAGAGGGACUUAGGGGAUUGAUUGACAGGUCUUGGCGAUUUGUCAACAUGAGAGGGGAAAACUGCACGCAGUGGCACAGUGGUGUGCUCCGUGAUCCCGGCCUUGUCAGUAGCCAGCCUUUGCUCAGGGCUCUGUAAUGUUUGGAGCACUUAUCUGUUCAUUAACUCAGCCAAUCUCAAAGCCAAAGACAGCUAGCCUACCAUCCAUCCACAAGGCAACCGGACACCCUGGCACAAUGCACACAUCCUGACCUUAACCACAAGGACAGUUAAGUCUUUAUGGAGCACUUGCUAUGUGCCCCCUCAGUCACUACCCUCCAGAUACACUAGCUGCCUUCUUUCAUUCUUUCCUACCCUCAGGCCUUUGAUUCGCCAUUUCCCCCGCCACACAAGAUUUUUUAUUUUUUUUUUACUCUUUGCAUUGGCUGGUUCCUUCUCUGUGUUCAUGUCUCCUCAGCUUAAAUAUGAACUCCCAGAGGGCAGGGACUUUGUCUGUCCUGUUCACUGUUGUAUCCCCCAAUGCCUGUGUGCCAAGUACACAGGAAGGGCUCAAUAAGUAUCUGUUGAAUAAAUGAACUAAUCAUUUUGGCACCUUCUGUGUGUGCCAGGCACCUUACAAAUAGUAGGUCAUUUAAUCUUCAAAAUGCCCCUGUGAGUUAGCUAUGAGUAUGAUCCUCAUUUUAUAGAUGAGGAAAAUGAGGCACAGAGAGGUGAAGUGACUUGCCCAAGGUCACAGGGCUUAGGAAGAGACAAAGCUGGAAUUUGACUUCUACUGUAUUCCCUACAACACAUUGCUGCAAAGUGUGCAUUCAAGCAGGAUGUUAAUUACAGAGGUCUGGGGCUUGCCCUUCCAUGUAGUGUUUCAGAUGGCUGACUUGAACUUCCCCAGGAAGGAACUGAAGCAAUUAUGGUGGCCUCCGAGCUGGGGAUGUUGACUACCCGGGUUGUCCCACCUUUUCAUUCUUGUUUAUUUAAAACCCCACAGAUUUAGAAAAGUGCCUCAGGAAGCAAAGCAAGGCUCCCUCUCAGUGAGAAAACCACACCUACCAGGGGAGGUGCAGCUGAAACCCACAGAGACUGAACAUCCCCAGAGAAUGCCAGGACAGAGAGGUGAAAUGUUUCCCUCCUCCCCCAGCAUGUUUUCUCCACCAGUGUCUACUUGGCCUAGAUCCUUGCCACUCAAGGUGUGAUCUGAGGACCAGCAGCAUCAGCAUCACCUGGGAGCUAGUUAGAGAAUCCCAGCACACAACCACCUCCCCACCUGCUAAAUUGGAAGCUGCAUUUCAGCAAGAUGCCCUGAUGAUUCAAAUGUACGUCAAGUUUGAGAAGUGUUGGCCUAGAGGGUAGCUUUGGAGAAUGACCUCCUUAUCACCAGGCUGGGAGCUUUUUAUUGUGGCCCCAAGGGCCCUGCAUGGUGCCAGUCACAUAGUAAUGUCUGGUGAGUGAGUGAGUAAAUUUGUAAAGGAACCUAGCCACAAAUAGCCAGCUGAGGCACAAAUAGAAUCAGAUACUAGGCACAUUGUGCAGCCCUGCCUCCUCCUGUUACUCUACUGCAAGCUAUCCAUAACAGAGGCCCAGCCCAGGGACUCCUCUCCUGGCCCGUGGUCACAGUGAGGGAGGACCUAGCAGCAGGGAGUUUGUUUACAUAGGCCUUAGGCUUUGGACAAGAUGCUGAACAGGCUUGGCCCAUCUUCCACCCCUCCAUCCUUUCACCCUGACAGCCCCAAGGAGGAACUUCUGAAGAGCUCACACUUUUUUUUUUUGCUCUCUUCGCUGAGGGCAUGGCCUCCUCAGCACACAUGGCCACCACAGUCCCUGUGCCACUUCCCCAGUGGUUCCCUGGAAAUCCACAUCCCUUCCAAAGUGCAGAAGGUGCUAGCAGGUGCUGGCUACCAAGCCCCUGCUGUGUAUGAAACCAAAAUAAUCUCCCGUUGAUAUGGAACAGGUCAAAUUAUUUUAAGAAAAAAAAAUUGCUCCUUCAUUAAUCUUGUUGUUAUGGCAAUUGGAAUUAGGAAAGUAGCUUGGCCAAGCAGACUACUGUGCGUUAUUUUGGGACUGAGAGUUUUCAGAACAGUGGAAAACAAUUUGCGAACGUAUCUCCCCAUCCUCUGGCUCUGCCUGGAGAAAGGGGAGUGAAGGCUAGUUGAGGAUCAGCUUGCCCCACCUGGGGAGAGUGGGCUUUUGCAAGGUGGCUUGGGGCCACACUCAGGGGCCCUGCUGCAUGAACCAACCUGCCUGGGGUGUUGCAGGAUAUGUGGGAAAGGAAGCUAGCCAGGAGGAGGAUGUCCAGACCAGGGGUUCUGCACCACCUGGGUAAGUAGGUCCUCCACUCAGCCUCAAGAGUAGUGUCUCAACUUCCUGGCAUUAGGGGAGGGUGGGGAGGUUAAGUAGACAUAACAACUACUCUUGUUUGGUCUUUACCAUGUGCCAGGCACUGGGCUAAGUACUUGACACAUUCACAUUAUUUCUUGAAACAACCUUGCAAAGUAUUAUUAUUAUCUUGAUUUUGCAAAUAUGGAAACUGAGUCUUAGAGGUGACUUGUCCAAGGUCAUACAGUAAGUGCAGAGCUGGGAUUGGAAUCUUAGGCUACACUUAUGGCUUCUGCUGCAAAGUCGAGGAACCAUUAAGCUGAAACAUGGAACCAGACUAUUGUGUGCACAUUGUUUCACGCAUUCAUUUAAAAAUCUUAUUAUCUACUCAGCGCCAGGCCCUGAGAAGAAUCCAGACAUUAUACUUACUUUUGCCUUCAAGGGGUCCUUGGAUGAGUAGGCGAACAAAAUUUCAUUAAGAUUGUUGCCCGAUUAGGGUCCAUGCCCUGGAUCAGUUGAGCCAACAAAAUGUACCCCAAGUUAGAAAGAGUGAGAAGGGUUAUUUAGUAGGUGUCCACCAACGUGAAUCUGACAGCAACACAGGCUGUCUUUGUGGAGUCCCAAAAGGCAUUUUUACAUUAGAGCUUAUAUAUGAUUUUUACAAAGGUUAGAAGUGUCUUUGUAGCCCACAGAUGGCAUGGUCAGAUGAGUUAUUCAUUACAAGGUAAUUAUAAGAGACUAUUAGACUAAAGAGAUACAUGCCGGAUAUCUCCUUGUCAGGCUAAAGAUAUACAUCCAGACAUCUGGGCUCUAAUCUUCCUGGGGGGGGGGGUCAUAAGUCACAGGUGGCUGGACAGAGCAAAACAAAGUCAUUAACAAAGGUAUGUGGAAAGGAGAAGGCAGGCAACAAAGAAAUAAAAAACUUAAUAGGUUCAUCAUAGCAUUAGUUACGUCAAGCUCUCAGUCGCCCAUUUCGGAAAGGAGAAAACAUACUGGGGAGUAUUAGGGUCCCAGGAUGGAUACGAAUACAGGCCGACCCAGGUAUGUUUGCUGGGCAGUGGGUGUGCCCAAGUGGCCCAGACAGUGUAUGUGUAGUAGAUCCGAACGCUCCUCGGAGGGGCGCCACUCUCUUUUCUAGAUUUCCUCUUCCUUUCUGAUAUUCAGAAGGGCUCCUCAGACUCAGGAAAUGCUGGCCUAUGGAGUGGGAAGCAGAGGGAUUUAGGGGCUGAAGACAGUAGAGGAGGAAGGUGGGAACAUUUGAAACUCCAGGGGGUAGGAAGUUGUUUUAGAGGAAGGGAGAGGAGUCAGAGGGGACGGCCUAACUCAAAUUUUUUUUGCUUCUUACCCUACAAAUCUGGGAAGUGCGCCUUGACCCUUGGCAGCUGCAGAGUUUAGUGGGCUGCUGAGAGGUAUCUGGGCCCACUAGAAAGCACAGGCUCCAUCCCUCUAAGCUGGCCCAUUGUAUGCCAAGUUCUGGGCUUUUCUUAAUACACAGCAAAGCCUGUUGUUUCUUUUUAAAUCUCCAGUUAGUAUUAAAUGAAUAGCACUGAAGCCUUUGCCCCUUUUCUUUCUAGCCUGGAAUAGGCUACUAUUGUGAGAUUAUCACUACACUGUCCUAAGAUGGUUUGUAUGGUAUUAUGCAGCUGUCAGCAUAGCUGAGGUCUGGCUGAAUAACAAAGGCCCAGAAAGAGCCCCCACCCACCCCAAGGCAAAGCCUUCAGAACCUGCUGAGAGAAUGCCAAACCAGGGCAGACUAGCAGGGCGGGCCUUAGGCCCUUGGAUGUACCCUCACCACUGAGCACAAAAGGGGUCCAGCCCAUCUGCACUUCAGGUGACCCUGUCAGAAUCUCUCUCUCUCUCACCCACACACAAACACAUACACACGCAUACACAUGCACCUGAAGUCUUCUGCAGUUUUGAGUAAAAAUAAAAAUAAAAAAUAGUGCUAUCGAGUCGUUUCCGACUCAUAGCGACCCCAUAGGGUUUCCUAGGAGCGCCUGGCGGACUUGAACUGCCGACCAUUUGGUUAGCAGCCAUAGCACUUAGCCGUUUUAAGUAAGAAAAACAAAAAUUUGCCACCAACUAAACCUACCCAUUUCACAGAAGAUAAAACAGAGGCUCUCAGAGGGGUGGUGACAUGCCCAAGGUCACUGAGCUAGGAAGUCACAGAGCUGGGAUUAAGAACCACAGAAGUUGCCCAAGUGGAGGCUUUCUCAUCCUUUACUACUUACUGGGCCAGAAGAACCACCCAGAAAACUACCUUAUGCCUCAGCGGCACCAACCACUAUUUACCCAGUGUUAUCAACCCUACUGCCCAUUGGAAUCACCUGGGGAUAUGUGAUUAAGAAAUUGUAUCUAUUUUUACAGGGUAGGCUGGGAAAUUAACUGUCAGACAUGAAUUUAAGUGCAGGUCUAUUGCUUACUAGCUGUGUGACCUGGGCAAUUUACAGGGUCUCUCUCAGUAUCAUUUUAAAAAUGGAAGUUUGUUGUAAGAAUUAGAGAUAAGGCAUGUACAGGGCAUUCCCAAUGCCUGACAUAUAAUAGGGACUCAAUAAAGGGUCAAAAAAAAAAAAAGAGAGAGAGAGAGAAAGAAUCAUUUUAAAAAAAACUUUUAAAACUGCCUAUGUUGGUGCCCAACUCCAGACCAAGCAAAUCAAUAUCCCUGAGGGUGGAGCCCAGGGAUUAGUAUUUUUAAGCUCCUGGAUGGUUCUAAGGUGCAGGCAAGGUUGAAAAUUCCUGUCCACCUGUAGGCACACUCCCACUCUGGACCCCCAUUUGAGAAGGACAGGUGGCAGACACGCUUGUGGAGGAGAUGGUAUUGCGUAUUCGAUCAUACUAUAGUCAUUCUCUAUCAGACCACAGUGUUGCAGAAGUGAUGUCCCCGGCCCCUGCCCUCAGUUCAACAAUUUCUACAUGUACAAUUCAGUGAUAUUGAUUACAUUCUUUGAGUCGUGCAACCAUUCUCAUCCUCCUUUCCCAAGUUGUUUCUCCCCCAUUAACAUAAACUCACUGCUCCCUAAAUUUUUUAGCUAAUCUUUCCAGUUGCUGUCAUCAGUUUGAGCCCAGAUAGAUAGAUCUUAAAAGAACACAAUGCUCAAGGCAGACAUUCUUCACUAGUUAAGCUAUUGCUUUUUUUUUUUUUUUUUCUGGUAGCUGCAAGGAGGGUCGCUCUGUGCAAAGCUCGAAGAUUAUGGAGGAUCAAAUACAGAACCACGGCCUCCUGUCUGAGGGCUGGGAUCUGAGCCCUGAAAAGUGACCCAGACCCAGACACAAACACUGGCAUGCUGUCCUCAUUUUCCUGCAUUUCUUUUAUACAAAUCCUAUUUCCUGCUCCUCUCCUGGUGUGAACCUGGUUGGGCAACUCAGACAUCUGGAAAGACAGGCUGAGGGCCAGGUCAGGAGGUGAUCUGGAUGGCCUCAGUGUGGGUGGGGAGGAUUCUCUGUCAUGUUAACUCAUUGUGGGACCUGAGAAGGGGCCCUUCGUCUUUCCGGGCCUCAGUUUCCCCAUCUCUAUUUUCUGAGGGGGGCUGGACUAGCAUUUCUGGCUGCCCACAGGCUCUGAGUCUUCACUUCCCCACUCUCGUUCUCAUAGGGUAGCUGAACAUGGCCGGGAGAAAAUAUUUAUUGUGAUACCAAGCAAGUAAGAGUUGGUUUAAGCACAUCACAAAACAAUAUUUUCAGUGUUGUUGUUAGGUGCCGUCGAGUUUGUUCCAGCUCAUAGCAACCCUACAUACAGAACGAAACACUGGCCGAUCUUGCACCAUUCUCACAAUCGUUGCUAUGUUUGAGCCCACUGUUGCAGCCACUGUGUCAAUUCAUCUUGCGUCCAAAGAACGUGAGACGAAGUCUCGCUAUCCUUGCUUCUAAAGAGCAUUCUGGCUGUACUUCUUCAGGACAAAUUUGUUCAUUCUUUCAGUAGUCCGUGGUAUAUUUAAUAUUCUUCACCAACACCAUAAUUCAAAGGCAUCAAUUCUUCUUUGGUCUUCCUCACGGAUAUGAAGCGAUUGGAAACACCAUGGCUUGGGUCAGGCGAACCUUAGUCCUCAAGGUGACACCUUCGCUUUUUAACACUUGAAAGAGGUCUUUUGCAGCAGAUUUGCCCAGUGCAGUACAUCGUUUGAUUUCUUGACUCCUGCUUCCAUGGGCAUUGAUUGUGGAUCCAAGUAAAAUGAAAUCCUUAUAUCUACAGUAUAAUCCCAUAUUUGUUUGGCAUAGGAAAAUUUCUGGCAAGAUAAAUCCAAAGUAACAGCAGUGGUUGUCUCUGGUGUGCAGAAUUAUGAGUGUUAUUUUCUUCUUUCAGUUUGUCUGUCCUGAUUUUUAACUGUGAUAAAAUAGUUUUGUUUUCGUAAUAAGGAAAAAAAAGGAAAGCUUAACAGAAAGAAGUUAAAGUUGACAAUUUUUAAAAGAGAGAGAUUGCAUAGAAGCCAUUAGCAGGAAAAGAGAGGGGAAAAGUUAACAGCUAGCCACAUGUCUGCUGCAGGCCUAUGAGUUAUACCAGAGCCAAUAUGAGAACACAUGUCGGCAUGUUUCAAAGAAACUGCAAAGGGAGGGUGGGUGUCCCAGGAAGCCGACUCUGAGAUGAAGAUGAGUGAACAGGAAGUUUAUUAGACAGGCUCUUGAAAUCAACAUCUGUGGAAGGGGAGUAGCAAAGGGGAUAAAGUAAACUGCAAUACAGAUCCCACAAAGGCCCCACUCGAUCGGAGGUGGAAGCGCUGGUGUGAGAUCACCCCUUAGAGUUGUCCUGAGUUGUGAAGAGAGAGCCAUCCCAGGAUAUAGGUGUGACAUUAGACAAGGCAGUUUCUUCAGCUGAAGCAAACUCCAAAGAGGGGACAGCAAAACGCCAUUGUCUAGCAGCUCUCCCAACCGAAAGUGGUUUUUUCCUUUGGUGAGAACCGGAUGGCACAUCACGGCGUUCACUAUGAGGUCACAGCAACAGCCCAGCAGGCAGUGUGGCGCGCCCUACCACCUCGGACAUCAGGCCCAGUCAUUCAGUUACAGAAGGUGCUCACGGAAGAGCUGCAGUUGGUCAGGAAGCUCGGUUCCCAAAUCUCACCUUGCCGGUACUAAGAAAUCCUUGCAAUCUGGGAGAAACUCACCAGGAACGUAGUGGUGCAAACCCUCCUGGCAUGGAAAGCAUGGGAAUGAUGUACAGUGUCUCCAGUUCUUGCAAUGGAACAACAGAAUCUACAUUCUCCACUUCCUGGAAGGGAAAUGCUUUCACUUACAUGAUUCCAAGUGCCACCAGCCAGAACAAUCAAGUCAAUGGAAAUGGAAAGAAUCCUUCCUCUGCGAAUUCUUGGGUCCCUCUGAACACACUUCCACCUCUGGUUCCUAAGGAGGCUGCUACCCACUUUGUCACUCAUGAUAACCCAGGAAGAUGCAGUGGGUUAGCUGGUUACUCUGAGUACUCUACUCAACGAAGGCAAGUACCAGAAAGAGCCACCAAGAUUGGCCUUCUGACCAGUGGUACCUCAAGACUGGAGACAGGCCCAGGUGGGGCCAGCAAAUUCCGGGAGCGGUCACUGUCUGUGCCUACAGACUCAGGCAUCACAGAUGUGGACUAUGACGAGGGGCAAAAGGCCAGUGAAGCCUGUGCCCUCCCUUAUGCCAGUACAAGUUCUGAGGGAAGCAACAGUGCUGACAACGUUGCUUCCCUUAGUGCUGAACAGGAGGCCCAGCGCAGACGGCAGAGGUCCAAGAGUAUUUCCCUCAAGAAGGCCAAAAAGAAACCUUCUCCACCAAUGCGUAGUGUCUCACUGGUCAAAGAUGAGCCAGUCCUCCUGCCAGAAGGCGGACCAGUAUUAACUAAGGACCAGAGGCCAAAGAGCCUUUCCCUCUCCUUGGAACACCAAGGACAUCACUUGUCCCACCCAGAUGCUCAGGGUCACCCAGCUGUGCCACCCCUCGAUGAUUCAGAAGGUACACAAUUAUCCCACCACUGGUAUCUUACUGACUGGAAGUAUGGAGACACCUACCAAUCCUUGUCCAGCUCCAGCACUGCCACUGGCACCACAGUCAUUGAGUGCACCCAAGUUCAGGGCAGCUCAGAGUCUCUUGCCUCCCCUUCCACCUCCAGAGCCACUACGCCUUCCCAACUCUCCAUUGAGGCGGAGGCCAGGGAGAUAUCCUCCCCAGCAAGGCCCACUGGACUAAUGUCACCCUCCAGCGGAUACUCCAGUCAGUCAGAGACACCAACACCCACUGUCUCUAUGUCCUUGACCCUGGGCCACUUUCCCCCUUCAAGCAGCAGUGUCCGGGUACGUCCAGCGGUACCUGAGAGGAAGUCAUCACUUCCCCCGACAUCACCAGUGGAGAAAAGUUCCAAGUCACGGCUAUCAUUUGACCUACCAUUGACCUCUUCCCCCAAACUGGAUCUGUCUGGGAUGAGUAUCUCCAGCCAAAGCAAAACCAAGGUGAGCCGGCAUCACUCAGAUACAAAUUUUGGGGCCAAGCUGGCCCAGAAAACUAGUCCCAACCAGCCUGUCAUGCCCAUGGUUACUCAAUCUGACUUACGUUCUGUUCGCCUGAGGUCAGUCAGCAAGUCUGAGCCAGAAGAUGACACUGAGAGCCCUGAUUAUGCUGAGGAACCUGGAACAGAAGUCUUCAUCUUGCCAGAAAGAAAGAUGAAACCUCCUGUAGCUGAGAAGCCAUCGCUGGCCCGAAGGCCUCCAGACUUGGUCCACAGGUCACCAUCGGUCCCCAAGGGGUACCCACUAACUUCACCUAUGUCGGCUAUGACCACCAAGAGCUCAAGUCAACAUAUGAGGCCACUUCCUCCAGACAUCUAUACGGUGGUGCGGAAACCAAAGUCCUCCAGCUUCUCUGAUAGUAGGAGCCCAGGGGAGUCAGCAGCACCCUUACCGCUUGUUUUCACACCUUUUGCCAGUUCUUCUAGUGAUUUCUUCUCAGGAACACAGCUGCCUCCCCAGGGAGGUAUGGGGGAUGAGAGCUCCAAGGUAAGAGCCCUGCCUGAAAGAGUUACCCUCCAGAGCCAGGAAGAAGCUGAGAAAAAGAAAGGCAAGAUUCCGCCUCCUGUACCAAAAAAGCCCAGCGUGCUGCAUCUGCCUCUCACUUCACCCACAGCUCAAAUGGAGGUCUGUGUGGCAGAACCAAGGCUGCCUCUCAGCCCCAUCAUCACCCUGGAGGAAGAUGCCAAGUGUCCCCCCACCGGCGAUGACCUGCAAUCACCUGGUAGAAAGAUGACUUCAACUCCUCAGGCUGACAAUGAAAAGGAGGCAAGCCUUCUGGGGAGUUCUGUGGAACCGAGCACUGAAGAAAAAAGUUUAAUCAGUGAUAAGACAGCCGAGUCGAUUGUGGAAGAUGACGAUGACGUGUUUGUGGCUUCACGCACAACUGAAGACUUAUUUACUGUGAUACACAGGUCCAAAAGAAAGCUGCUUGGCUGGAAGGAGCCUGGUGAGGCCUUUGCUGGCAGCAGACCGAGCUCCCAUUUGCCAAUAAAGAACACAGCUGAUUCUCCAGUCAGUGAGUCUGCUGCCUCUGCAGGGUCAGGCAGCAAUGCCAACCUAGAUGCUGACAGAAACGAUGAUUUCAAGGCCCUGCUACAGAAGAAAGGAAGUAAGGUAACUCCAAGAUCCCGCCCCUCAGCAGCCGAACUGCUAAAGACCACCAACCCACUGGCUCGGAGAAUUAUUGCGCAAUUUUCAAAAGACUAUGAAACCCCUGAUAAUCCCAGUACCUAAAUCCUGAGUUCAGCAAGCAUGGUUUAAUUAUUAAACUUGAGUAGAGAAGGGGGGAGAGGAAGGGUUUUAAAAAGUAACCACAGGAAUAAUAAGAGCUCCUACGUUUUCUUUUACAUGAACAGUCUGGACAGCGGGAGAGAGACCACUUCAUCCACAGCUAAAAUCAUCAGGCACUGUAAUCAUCUUCAAAUAUUUUACGUUCUCGUUCUUACAAGUUUGACAUUACUGACUACCAAUAUUCUUAUUUGCCCGUAAUGAUGUACACUGAGAAGAAAUUUUCAGACUCAAGGGCGUACAUGCCACCUUUUAAAUCGAAGGCCGGGCUGCUCUAUGUCUGGCUCCUGUCACGGAGGGGAAUAGAGAGCAGACGGAGGACUGCGAAACCUGAGGGGCCUAGGGUACCACUGUUGAUUAUUCACUUUCCUUAUCAGGCCUCGAUGGCCCUAUUUGGAGCUACAAAAAGAUUCUGAUGCCUCUUCAACCACAGUUUAACUCUCCCCCGUGAGAGGUUUGCAGGUGUGUACUUAUUUUAGCCUGAGGUUGAUUUAAUGUGACUCGGUCCUGAAACUUCAUGCCUUUUUCAGUUUGACUGUCUACACGGAAGUCAGGGUGAUGAGUUUCAAUAAACAUAUAGACCCCCUCGCCCCCAUUAGCUAGGAGAGGUCAGGACUGGAUUGUUUGGAUGAACCAAGCUCAGCCGACAAACAGGGCAGCCAUUUGUUCACUCAGAUCUAUCCAAGGUAACUCGUACGUGUGCCUUGAGAACCUUCAAACGUCUCUCAACAACGAUAGCUGGAUCUGUGCCUAGCUCAUGCUGCAUUCUAAGAACGCUUAUUGUUUCAUUUGCAUAUAGCAUUCAUUACAGAGAGGAAUUAGUUGAAGGAACAGCAUCGUCAAAGGCUCAAGGAGGAUAGAAAGUAAGUGGAACUUGCCCACCACCGCUCAGUUCAAAUUGUGGUCGCUUUUGUAUUUGUUUAAAGGAACUCUUACUCUGUUCAGAAAACCAGAAACGUAUAGACUAAAAGGACCGAUCCAAAACGUAAAAGGCAGCCUCACAAGUUGCUAGGACCCGUAACACACCAAAAAGGGCUACUUUUUUGCCAUUUAGGUUCUGCUGCUUGACCAACUUUCAAUUAACCACUCUGGGGGAGGGUGCAGGAGCUGGGAUCAAUGGGAUGUGACAGAGUGCCAGAACAAUCAGCUCCGCCUCUCCCCUCCCCGCAGUUUAUAGGCCCUAACUGUCCUUGUCAGUUCAGUUUUCUAAGCUGAGAAAGAGCAGUGACUCAUUGGAUUUUCAUAUGCCUGAUUUCUGGGAGGUUGGGGGGAAAAAAACAGACAACGCACUGAACAAACAGAGCCUGCUGUCUGACAGUGAAGUGGUAAUUGUCUACUCUGCCCAAGAGAGAAAAAGAAAAAUGAAAUUGUAGCCUGCUUCACAAAGAGGGCUCCCUAACCCCUUUCUCUUCUACCCUCCCCCACCAGAAAAUUCAUUAGUUAACCUCCUGGAGGAUGCAGUAACAGCCCCAGAGACAAACAGAUCUCUAUAUUUUGAUAGGUUACAUUGCUCACCUGUGAGAAGCAGGCUCUUAGCUUAAUUCCCCACAGUCCAGCAGGACACAGCAGCUGAAAAUCCACACCCAGUUCUGAGAAAACUUAGGGUUCUCACAUAAAAGCCCUAGAGCCUAGGCCCUGAGCUGGUACAGUUCUGAAUUAUAGACUUCUUUGCACAGACCAGGCCCACCAACUUCCUUGCAAUCAGCACCUCCCCCUGCUUCAGAAAGAAGCCAUUUAAAAUAAUAAACAGCUAGGGAAAGCCCAGUUGCUUUUGAAAGUAUUUGAACUGUUUGGAUUGAAGAUCUUGACCAGAUUUCAGGUUUUUGUGCCUGAAAUGAGAUAGAUUUCUUCCUGGUCUUAAUUUAUAUAUGAAUGUCACACUUGUUAGCCCCAGACUCAGAAUUCCCAAGGACUGAAACAUUUCCUUCUGUAUGGAAAAGUGAAAGGCUGCCAGAGCCUCCUCCUUGUGAACAAUUAUGAACAAUUGAACUCUAAAGCCAAGUGUGAGACUCAUAUAGCAUAGGACUUGUUACUUCUGCUGAUUUUUCUGGAAGCUCCUUGUUUGCUCUUAUCUAGUGGGUUUUGCCCCUCCCCUCACCUUGCUACCUCUGGUGGUUUUCCCAAAAGAUUUUACAGUUGAAUGCGCAGACGCUUUUACACUUUUCAAUUAUUUUGAUCCUUGCUAUCCUGUAGAAUACUCUGUAUGUCUAGGAUCUUUCAGAUUAUCUUCCAUAUUAUCAGUAUGGCCCUCAGAAGCCCAGCGGUGUUCCUGUUAGCACAAGAGAAUUUGGCCCAGAGGUUUAUGGUCACAGAUAACACUUAGGACUAGAAAUACUUCUUUCAUAUUUUGAGUCAGAUGGACCUGAUCCCAAACAACCAAAUUGUAAAAUUUCUGCCAAUCACUGAUUAACAUAACACCAAACAUCUUUCCUACUGCUAACACUCAGCCUCUCUCCUACCCUUUUUCUCUCCCACCCCAAGAAUUGACUACAAUGUUUGCUGCCUUCUGAACCUACUCUGCUGGGACUGGAGAAGAGAGGCUGAGAGCCCCUCUCAGGAAGGCUUUCAGAGAACUUAAUAAUAAUAAUUUUUAAAGUGGAAUAUAGAAGAUAUUUGAGUGAAAUAAAGUUGACCCUAGGAGGUCAACUUCCACUUCAAGUUGUUUCUAUAACUUUUUUCCUCUGAUUCCAACCAGGAGCAACAGGUAGCUCUGUCAGGAGUAGAAGGAGCCAUCCCUAGGAGAAGAGGUCAGUUAGUAACUAAGAGUGCUGUGCACUUGAUGGGUAUUCAUUACGUAUUUGUAGUCUAAAUGAAGAGGGUGGAGGACAACGUCUUCUCAGGAAAACAAUAAACUUUGCUGGUGUCUCCUCUCCUUUGCCUGUACUACUUUGCUUACCUCAGCCUCUUGCCUGGGCCUCCCACCUGGCCCCAACUUGUCCCUCAGCCCCAACUCCCAUGAACUGCAUCCCUAGCGAACAGCUCAUUCAUAAAAGAGGCUAGACAACAGGCAGUAAAAGAGUUCCUGUUAGCUUACUGACCAUAAAUUGACCAGUUUAUCUGGAGAAAUUACCUUAAGUGUGCAAAGAUAAAGGAGAUGCUAUAAGGCUCUUAUAACAAGUAUUUCACCUGACAUCCACUUUAACUAUCUAGACAGCAUAGACCUAUUAUUCUCAGUUAUCUGUCCAUAGACCUGCCGACUUCCUCAUAAACGAACUAUUCAAGAAAAAGGCAGGUUCAUGGUCAGUGAUCUGUUCCUCACUGGAUUAGCCUUCUAUUAUGACCAAGUCUGUAACACAAUGGUGAGCCUUCACUUUCAUAUGAUUUUCCAGGGCCAGGACUAGGGUGAGGCGAGCGAGGCUCCUAGGGCACAAAAUUUAAGGAGACAUCCACUCUCAGGGUCGUGCAAGUGCCUUACCUGAGUCCUGGCCCCAGUUUGCACUCUAUAAAAUAAUAUCAAUUUAUCUUCUUCCUAUGAACAAAUAUUGUUCUUCUGAUGUUUUGGUAAUUAUCUGUUGUUGCACCAGAUGUUUUUUUGCUAUCUAUUUUUCCAUUGCUAUAAACCUACGUAUACCUACACAUUAAAGAAUCUUCAGUGUUAUCAGAAAACAUAGUUUAUUCAAAAGUAACCUGCUCCAAGUGGCAAGUGAGCAUUCAUUUCAGGAGGGAUGCAGACAGGGGUAACCCUUAAGCAAAAUAGUGAAUGAGUUGGAGGUCUGUUAUUGAGAUCCUUAGUCUCCUCUUUCUGCUCCAUUCUCCCCAGACUUUGCUUCUGAACACCAUCUCAUCUCUUCUUAGUGCUUCCUAAUUUGUUCUCCUCCUCGCUAAGAAAAACAUGUUCUCAGGAAAGGGAUAAAUUCGUUUCUCUUGAAAUUACAAGGCUUAAUCCUACUUCUUUUGAGGGUCAUAUGCAUUUUAACAGGGGAAAAGCCUUAAGCCAAAGGAAUGUAGUUCUGCUUACAGAAUUGUAGGUAUCAACUAGUCGUAGAAGUAUAUUUUUGGCCAUGGAAAGGCCAAAUUCCCUGAAUGACUAACUCCACUCCAGAAAAUGGAAAAUACCUUAAUCUCCUGGAAUUAUUUUGGUUAAUUGCUGAUAGUCAAUUAAAUUGUCCUGAUAUUCAAUGUUAUUCAAUAUAAUUACUACCAAGGGACUCUCAGAAAUUACUAAAACCACUGAGAGGCCCUAGAUGAUUCAUAUUGUACAUUAACCUUUUUAUGUCAAUGGAAUUAGUAUCACUUACCAUUUGAGUCAAAGAACACAAGUAUUUAAAAGAGUUUGUGAGGAUAUACCCUAUUUGUGAAUGGUGAAACUGUCCGAUCAAUGUCCUUAUUCAGUUGUCCAGUAUUGGUGGUGAUCAUUAAGCUUACUGAAGGCACAACUUUACUAAACACAAGCUUCUGCUUCCCCCAACCCUAUCUGUGUUACGUGCAGCCACUUCAGCUUGGUGUGAAAAUGAGACCAGAGCUAUACCAGUUCCUCCAAAGCCUUUGCAUGUAUUUCAGAUGUAAGUGACUAAGAUAUUGGGGAUUUAAAAAGACAAGAGAGUGGGAAAGAGAUACAAAGAGUUGCCUUUGUCCAAGGGCAGCAAAUGUAUGAUUUAAACAGAGAUGAAAUAAAGUUUUAAAAUACUUCAAAACAUAUUUAUAGAAGAAUACAGUAGUAAGUGGUUAUAGACAUGCAUUUGGGCACUUUUGAUAACUUUAGCAAAAUAAAUUUGUAUAAGUAAUGGGUUAUGUGAAAGCGAUAUAUACUUCUGUUCAGUAAAGCCCAAAAUCUAGGCCAGUGUUUCUCAUAGUGUUGUCCCAGGACCAUCAACAGCAGCAUUCCUGGGAUAUGUGUGUGUGUGUGUGUGUGUAUUGGGGGGAGGUGUACCAGUGCUGUUACAACUCCUUCAAGCCCCUGAAUCACUACAGCCAUGACUUUCCAACUGAUUCCAACUUCACCUGUUGUUUCUGCCAUCAUUAUAGUGAUCGGUCUCUGGCCAAGUGAUGUAUAUUGUCCUUUGGUCAGAAAUAUGUUUGGUGUUAAGAAAUUAUCAGAUUAAAUCAACUACUUGCUCAAGCUGAAAAACCUUUGAUUUGACAUAUCUAGUACAUCUGGCCUGUUUUUUGGUUGGAAUUUUAAAAGUCACAAAUAGAAAAAAGGAAAAGGUGUUAGAUUUAUUUGGUAUUGCCAACCCUUAAAUACCUGUCUUCACCGCGGUGGCUGUUCUCUAGGAGGGCACUGGCAGAAGUAUAUUUGAUUUGAAGCUUUGCCUGUAUAGUAGAAUUUGAUAGCAACAAAUCCCUAUCCAACAGCUCUGCGGGAGAAAAACAAAAAAUCAAACCCGUUGCCGUCAAGUUGAUUCCUAUAGGACAGAGUAGAACUGCCCACAGGGUUUCCAAGGAGCGGCUGGUGGAUUCAAACUGCCGACCUUUUGGUUAGCAGCCGAACGCUUAACAGCUAUGCCACCAGGGUUUCCCUGUGGAAGAAAGAGCUGCUAAACCGGUUCCGUAAAGAUUACAGCCAAGAAAGCCCUAUAGGGCAGUCACACUCUGUAACACGUGGGGUAACAAAAGGACAGUGAUAUCUUUAAAGGGAAUAUAGUACAUCUGAUCGACAGCAACAAUCCAAAAACAAAAUCUGAACUGGAACAGCCAGUUGGCACCUCUCAGUCUCUUUGUAAUGCCAAGCUUUAUAGAAAUUUAUUCCUUACGUGGUCUUGAGCUUUUUAUAAAUGUCUAAUUUUAUAAAAUGUUCUGCAUGCAAACACGACAUUGUGUUCGCUGUACGAGUCACCUCAAACUCCUUCCUUCCUCUGAAUGUAUGAUGUAGAAAUAUCAAUAUGUAUGUUCUUAAAUCUCUUUAUCAAAUUGUACAUUACAAAUCUUUUCAUUAAUUUUUAAAUGAAACAUAUUUACUCUGACUAGUAGUUAAAAUUUUAUUCUUUUUCUUAUAUUUCAUUGCUACUUUUUUCUACUGACUCCAAAGCUUACUUUGGGGAAUGUUUCUUAUUUCUAGAUUGUUGUAUUUAUCUAUAGUCAUGGAAUGUUAGAGCUGAAAGGGACCAACCUCUCAUUUUAUAGAUAACGAAAUUGAGGCCUAAAAAGGACAAACAAGUUGCAUAAGGUCACACAGUGAGUCAGUGACAGAGCCCAGCCCAGGUCUCCUGUUUUGUUUUGUUCUUUUAUUUAAAGCACUACAUUUACAGAAGAUCCACAGCUGGCUUCUACUUUAAUGACACAUAAAUUUUCCAGGUAUUUCAUUGAGCUAAUAUAUAUGCUUUAAGGAAAAAUGCUCAAGAGUUCUUUAGUUCCUGAAUCCAAUGACAAAUCUGACUUUUCAGUUUAGAAACAUUCCCUGUUUCCCCCAAAAUUCCAUAUGUGCCCAACUUUAUACAAUAGAUGUUUUCCCUAGACAUUAUGCAAAAAAUUGGUUUUUACAGAUCAAAUUCCAUUUUUUUUUUAAUAUCGAAGCUUCCUAUAUAAGGGAGUCUUCUGCAGUGUCCCUUAAUGUCUUUCCUUUUUAUUUUUUUUUUUUAGUGUGAACUUUUGUAUUUGGUGUUUAUUUAAAGUAGGGCAAACCAAUAUAAGCUUUCCUAGAAUCUACUUUAACCUUCCCUUCUUAAUCUUAAUGAGAUAUCAUCCGACUGUUGGAUACUCAUGUGAUACCCAUUUGUGCUCUAGAAAUUUCACCUAGUGUGAUAUUUUGUCAGUCCCUGGGCUCAAACUCCUAUCUCCAUCUUAUCAAACCGUAAUUCCCUAAUUAGUACAGAGCUCUGCAUGCAGUGUCUUUUCCAGAACAUUCUUUGCCUUAGUGUGACUCUCAUUAGCUAUUCUUGAGCUUCCUUCUAUAAUUCAUGCAUACCUCACUAUUCUUUGUAGUUGCAGGCCCGUUCACCUUUAAGGGCAUGCUAGUCACACUGAGUGGUAUUUCUAGUUAUUUCUAUUGUUCCCUUGUUUCUUCUGAACCUCCUCUGAUUUGCCUUUUCAGGAAUGCUCAGCAGGCUUCUCACCAGAGAUUGAUGGGAUUUCCCCCAUCAUCUAGACCAGCAGUUGAUACACUUUUUCUGCAAAGGGCCAGAUGGUAACUAUUUUAGGCAUUGUGGACCGCAUAUGGUCUCUGUAGCAUAGUCUUCUUUUUUGUUUUCAUUUCUUUGUUUUACAACCCUUUAAAAAUGUAAAAAACAUUCUUAGCUUGUGGGCUGCACAAAGGCACAGGUCAGAUUUGGCCCACUUGCCAUAGUUUGCUGACCCCUGAUCCAGACCAUCUCAGGGCAGGCAUUUCUGUGACCUGCCCCGUGUGAUAAGUAUGUUGUGUGCUAGAUGAUGUGGCUCACUGCCCUCCCAUCUCCUGCACCAGUCUUAAUUGCACAGAGGUGGAUGGAGAGGGACUGCACAUGCCAACGAUUGCUCUUCAACAGGGAUUCCUCACUCUGUCAUUACGGACUACCUCAGUGUGUGAACCCGCAUUCUUUUCUCUGGAGGUGUCCUAGUUUUCUAAUAUGCCUCUUCCUUCGAUUUGGGGUAGGCUGGUAGUGAAGAAUGGAUUUCUGAGUUUUCUUGUUUGUUUUUUCCCACCAUUACUCUCCAAAAAUGUGGUUGGGGACCCACAACCUGAGUCACUGGGAAGUCUGGUGGCCUAGGCUGUGAGAUCCCAGUUUAGCCUAUGAUCUCCCAGGGAAAUCACCAACUCUUUUGGUUCCAAAGGCUGGUUUUAAAACCCAGAAUGUCCAUGUGCCCAUUUUCUGAUGAGAUUUGGGCCAGUCCUAGACAGAGCACUAACCAACAAUGUACAGAAGAUAUUCUGUGGCCACAGAUUUUCCCUGCCAAACCCCUCCCCAAGCCACCAGGCCCCCAGCCCCGAGAAUGGGAUCCCUGGGGUGCCCCAUGCAAUGCUACAACCAGCAGGCAUUUAGCACACCGUCUCUUCCUGUUUUCUGAACCUCUAAAACUUCACAUCUCUCUCCAUCCUCCCUACGUCUUCUCUCCUUGCUCAUGCUACUUGGAGGUGUAAAGCUCAGGCUCUCAUUUGUACAUUCUCCUGUAUAAACACCGGGGAAUAUGAGUGAAUGAGAAGGUGUGUGCCUGUGUGUGAGUACAGUUUCUCUACCUGACUGUGAGUGCCACAUUCGUUAAUUAGCUAAACACACAUACACACCAUUUUACUGCUCUCGUCAGAUCCCUGGUCCAGGUCCAGGUCGGAUGGGACUGGUCAAGGAGAAGGGGAUGGUGGGAGUUGCUGAGGCAUUAUCUAUUUCUUGUCUUUUGAGACCUGUGAGUUACUCCUGUUUUCUUUCCACCAUCCUGUGCUGGCUUCUUCCCAGGGUGCCAUUUGAAGAAACUCUCUGUGGCAACUCUGGACAAGCCAAAAUAUCAGAGAGCUGGGGCUUUAAUUAGACAUGGCCUCAGUCACUCAGACAUACCUCUCAGACUUUUCCUAUCUAAACAAAUUGCUUCUUUGGACCUUUAGCUUGAUUUCUGUCAUUUGAGCCCAGGGAUCCACCCACUUUCCAAAAUUUUAAAUGUCAGAGACACAAGUAACUUUCAGGAUUUCCCUAUUAAAAAAGCAUACAUGAAACAGUUUCAGUCUUUUGUUUUGAAUUUUCAUAAUUAGGAAGGGAAACCAGGCUUUUGUGCCUUGGACUUUGAAGCAACAAAAGUACUACACAUGCCAGAAGCAAAAUGAGGAAUGAGGAUUGGCUAGUCCUACUAUACAUAGUCAGGAGACGGGCUUUUGUUAAAUUAGCAUUUACAGUUUAAUGCUUACUGAGUACCAACAAUGUGCUUAAGAAAAAUAAGGCAGACAGGAAUUUACAAAUAUCAUAAACUGGAAGACAAUGAUAAGACAAUUCCCCCAGUAAUGAGAAUGUGUCCCUGGAUAAAAAUUUCAAGAAGCAGAAACUAAGAGAUCAUGAGCCCAGUCUUUUUAGAAUUCCAACACAAAAUGGAAGGGAGUCCUCUGUGGAGUGAUAUUACAAAGGGUUUUUCUUAUCUUUCUUUAAAAAAAAAAUUCCUUACUGGCUUGCUACCAGCAAUUGAACUGUAUUCUUUCUAUAGUUAGAGCUGUUUGUGUCUUCUUAAAAUAAACUUUUUCUUUUAAAAUCAUUUUCUGUUUCACCCUCUGGUUUUCAUUUUAGUAACGAUGCCUUUAUUCAAACACUAAGCUCAGUUUGUGAGCAUGUUUUAUUCACCACACAUGUGUGGGGCCCACACACAUUGCAUUUGAUUCUCAGGAGCCCAAAACAUACAUGUGGGACACAAUGUCUUGCAGAAGCUGGCCAGCCAAGUUGUGGCCCUAAGACACACAAGCAGGUAACUAGUAUUCAAGGGCUUUAUUUCGGGGAUUUGAGUUCGGCUGCCAUGGAGCCCACAAAGGGCUGCAGAUGUGGCGAGGCUCUGUUGAAAUGGGCAGUGG